AGCGAGAGAGCAACAGCUCGUUUUUGUGUAUACUAGAAAACACCUAAGUGCAUGAGAGGAAUCAAGCGUUGCAAAAAUUGCAAGCGCUCCCCCUCCACAUUGUGCCCCUGCUACACGGAUUUCGAGUGCGAGCAGUAGAAACGAAUGGCCUUUCGGCAAACGCCCCCGCCAGAUCUGAAUCACACGACAGCCGACCGGCGAACACUAGCCUGAGUUGUAUCGGGAGAUAUUUUACAGAACGGAUUCCUGCGGCGAUAUAUGCGGGCAUUCUGCUACACGGUAGCCUUCGCUGCGACUUCCGCUGACGGCCGGCCUAGUCACGCGGUCGUUCCGCCGUUGCCAAAUGACGAGUUGACAAGCGGAUUUAACAGCGCAGGAGCGCUGGUGAAAGAUCCGAUAAGGAGUUCCUCCUCCUCCAGCAGUAGCUCUUCAAAACACGAAAGCGACAACUUCGUCGAGCGGGUGCGUAAGCGGGCAGAGGCGAUAAACCUCCUGCGAUAUGGACAAAAAUCGCUAGCGUCACCAGAUCCGUUUAUCGACAGGUAAGACGGAAAUUAUCAACAAUUGUUACCACAGAUGGACGGAAAUGUGAAAAGCACGGCAUAGCAGUGAAGAAUGUUAAAGGAACCCACGUGCUGCGCCUGUGUCUGUGCAGGCUUCUGCCUUAGAAUGAAAGGGCACCACUUGCAAAGAAAAUGAAACCAACAACAAUCAAACUACAGCCGGUCGCUGCAGGGAGUGCAAUCGCAGUAUUGUUUGAUAACGGCGAAUGUAUGACGGCGAUAAAAUAUUCAUUUCAAAAAUAUUCACGGAGCCAAAAAAAAAAUUUUUCGGCCAGUGGCCGCCCAGCCGGACCGGAGCGCGCCACGCCAUGCGUGAGGCAUUGCAGAGCGCUAACGCGCCUGCUAUGCCCCGACGCAGGUACUGCCUGGAAGUCACUUGCUGGGCCCAAUCGGUCGAUGGCGCUCGAGAGUCAGAUCCUUCAAACAAAUAGGGGACGGCCUGCGUGCCGGCGACAGGCGCAGCCAUCUUCCACAAGUGGCAGCUUGCCUAGCAUUCAGGCGGCAGACCACGGUCUCAAAGCCUUGAAGAAGCUGCCAUGGUGCGCUGCCUUGCCCCUGCAGGCGUUGCUCGAAACCGACUGGGCUCGAGCACAUCCUGGUAGGUGGCGGCCAUUAGAGCAGUUGCUCUAGACGGCCGCACUUUGCCGAGGCGCAAACCCCUGCAGGAGACGGGGUCGCCUGGCCUUUACCAGGAUACUUCUGCUGGCCAAGCCUAUAGAAAAGCUCGGCGACUUUGUGUGCUGCCAAAAGCCGCAAAGGUUGGAAGCAGAAAAGAAGCACUUUUUUGACGUCCUCAGAGGAGGUAUGAAUAUUUUUACUUUUUGGGCUGGUCUGAAUGGAGCAUAGCAGUGGGAUGCGCAAAAAUAUUCACCUCCCCAAAAAACGCCUCUUUUUCCCAGAAAGUGCGCACUUUUUUGACAUUUUUCGCUGUCGGAAAUUGCGCAGAUGAAUAUUGGAUAAAUCAAGUGUGAGUAGCUUCCGCUAAUAAAAACGGAAACGCAGUCUCGUCGUGAUUCGAAAAUGAAUAUCCAGAAACAAAGCGGGCGAGAGGUGUCCGACUUGGUGCAAAACAGCCAUUGCCGGCGCUGUGGCGCAUUUCAGUUCAACCUUGGCCUUUACAGGAGUAGCGCUUGCGUCUGGGCGAAGUGGACCUUUCCAGAUUCUGCAAAAAAAGUCGCGGGGUCUCCGCAAAGCGAGGGCGCCCAACCACCUAGCAAGCAAUCCGCAAGAGCGCGCGCCACAUCAUUUUCUUUAGAGGUGAACGAAGGAGCACACUUGAGGCGUAGGCCUUGAUAUAUCUCGGCCCUGUAAGUCGCCAAACGCGUUUCGUGCGUUUUCUGGGCCAGGAUUUCCACAUGAAGCGCCUCAGCGAAGCUCUCGCGCGCGCAUGUCGCGGAGUCUUUUUCCUAGGCGUUCAAUAAUUGCGCAAAAAAAAAUUUUUUUCGGCUCUGUGAAUAUUUUUGAAGUGAAUACUUUCUCACUCUCAUAGAAUGGGCUGACGGAUCAUCUGCGGAACUGCCUGCAAACGUGCCACGUACUGGACAACACCAUCGAGCCGCGGUUUACCCAGUUUGAAUCGUAUAGAAGUACACGUGGUUGUUUGUCAAUCACAUGAAUCCAAGAUAUGCAGGUAGCGCGUGAUCGUACUAGCAGUAGCUGGCGCGAGAUCGCGGAAUCAAAAAGGUCGUAAUCAUGUAGUUGUCGCGACGAAUUUUAUUUCGGAUGCCACUCAGGUUCUGCGUCGAAGCUGCGGGGGACGUGAUGUGGCCAGAUGUGUGCUACAAUUUCAUGGAGUGCGUGUUGGGGUGCAAAAUCACGAAGGAGAUUACCAAGGACAAGUCGAUUGAAAUGGUAGAGAAUGUGCUGGUUUAUCAUUCGCUCAGAAUUGAUGUCAUGCGCAUGCUGGUAUGUUUUCGUGAUUAGAAAGUGUGUGUGAAGUAGUGGUGGUGCACUACAAUGCCAAUCAAAAUUGUCAAUGCAGAUCAAGACCGCCGAUCGGCAGGACAUGUUCGAAAAAAUUGACCCGGGCAAUGUGGAAGCGGAACAGCGGUGCGACAUGGAGAAAUGCCGGUCCUAUUGCGUGCGACAGCGAUUGGGCACCUGUCACGAGAUCGGGUACAGAUACGCUUUUACGUCUGAAGUAGAACCAACUUGGGUUUUAUUGCGUUUCGUACUAAUCAGCCGGGCCGGAGACGCAUGAGCGUUCUGCCAGUAAGAUAGCUGGCGCUUGAAUUUUUGUACAGGUAUAUCUCCGCCUGUGAAGCCGCCCAGCGCGGGCAGUAUCUUCCCUGCGAUGUGGAUUGCAGCUCGGCGCAGUCGCUGCAAGCGGGGUUUGCGACGCUUGCUGCCACGGUGCUGCUGUACCUGCUUUUCAUCUAA